AUGCGACAAAUUCUGUUGCGUAAUUUAAUUAUUUCUGGCUUACGCCUAACAUCGAGACAUUUUUUGUCUAAAAUCUUAUGUCUCUACAGUAAUGUCAGAUUGAAUUGUGAAAUGUACAAAUUUCCUCUUCCAACAAAUGAAAUGACAAUCGCAAAAACAAUUUCAAGUAUAAAAUCAUUUUAUUAA